UCGGCUCGGCAACUCCCAGCGCCGCCGUCGCCCUGUUCACUCACCGCGCGCCGCCGCCCCCGCACCGUCCAGCUCGCCGCGCACCUCCGCGUCCGCACCUCUCACCACCGCGUAUUUCUCUGCUCGGCUCCUACGCCCCCCUAGGUUGCUUGCCGGCGGCGACGCUUUCUCAGCUGCACUCCGGCUCCGACGUCCCCUCCCGAUUCUCCGAACAGACUGCACCGCUCUUUUCCUUUCAUAGUCUCCGGCUCGCCGAAGUAUCCAGUGGUACUUAAGUAAUCUUUCGCCUUGGUCGUGCUCAGCUUCUGGUUCCACCACUGGCGCCAUGGCUACCUCGCGCGCCGCCGCCGCGUCGGCGAAGCAGGUGACGAGGCGGAACUUUGCGGAGGCCGUGCGGGAGCUGGGGUCCCACCUGGAGGCGUGCGAGUACGUGGCCGUGGCGGCGCAGAAGACGGGCGCCGCCACGGGGUGGCGCCGCGCGCUGCCUGUGGACACCGCGGAGACGGCGUACCUGAAGGCCAAGCUCGCCGCUGAGUCUUUCCAGCCCCUCCAAAUCGCCAUCUGCCCCUUCCAGCUGCACACCUCCCCCUAUACCCUCGUCGCCUACCCGUACAAUUUUCAUUUAUUUCCUAGAGAUGAGCUACAGCUAGGAAUGCCUUCUUACAGUUUCUCCUGUCAAUCAUCUUAUUUGUCAACUAUGGCUAAUGAUGGGUUUGAUUUCAAUAUGUGCAUUUACGAUGGUAUAUCUUAUCUAUCAAGGGUUCAAGAAUCCUUGGCAAGGCAGAAUAUCUUUACCCCUCAACUUCGCCAACUGUUACCCUCACCAAGCACAUCGGUUGCUGAUUCAGUUUUUAUGAGUAGAAUAAAGUCAAGGAUAGUGCAUUGGCGAAAAGGAUACGCAGAACCAAGUAAAACAGCUGAAGGUUCUUUAGUUAGUUCCCUUAGUAAACUAAUUUUGGGUGGUGAAUCAUAUGGUUCAAGGCCCAGCAUGAUCAUUGAUGUCUGCAGUGAUCGCCAAGUUCAACUGGUCUUGGAGGCAGUGAAUCGUAUCUCUGAUGACCUUGUUCCUCUUGUUGUUCCGGACAAAGCUGGAGCUGCUAGGGCUGUCCGUUUGGUCUUUACUAGUUCUAAAGAGGAUAAGAAUCUUCUCCUGAUGGAUAUGCAAAAAUUAGAAGAUGAACAAAAUUUUAGAUUCCGUGGAUUUCGAGAAGUUAUUGAUCUACUAUCAUCUUCACAGAAACCAAUCAUAUCUUACAACUGCUUGAAUGAUCUGACAAUGAUGCACACCAAAUUUGUGGCACCUCUUCCAUCAAACGUGCAUGAAUUUAUGUGUUCUUUGAGGAUGGUAUUCCCUAGUGUUGUUGAUAUCAGCCACAUGUGGAAGGAAAUUGGCCCUUUGAGAAAAGCGAAGAAUAUACAAGCUGCUCUCAGUUACUUACAAAGACAGUACUUUGUACCAAUGGAAAUAGAAGUACCACAACAAGAUGGUACCAACAGUGCAACAAAAAAUGAGCAAAAUGUUUUGAGAAUAACAAAAUUAUUUGCUAAACUAAGUAGUUUACUUAAAAUCAGUCCCAAGGGCCAGUCGCAAUCUGAUGAGCAGUGCUGCACAGUUGAAGAGUAUUGUAACAUCUUUUAUCCCUGUACAGUAGAAGAAUCUGAUGAUGUGGACUUCGCUAAUGAGUCAGAUACCACAAAGACUGUGAGCACUGAUAAUGUCGUUUUCUUGUGGGGCUUUAGGGAGAAAUCUUGCAAAGAGUUAAGAUCACACCUUACAGGCUUACAUCAUGCCUUCUCAGAAGAUUUUGAGGUCAAAUUGUUGGAUAAGACGUGCUCAGCUUUGAUAUUCCGUAGUUCUGAUACUGCAAUGGAGUUACUACAAGAAAUAAGCUCGGAAAGUCCCUCACUAAAUAAUUUCUUAUCAGAAGGUCUGAAAGCUGCAGGUUUUGAAGUGUAUAGAAAGGCUUGCAGGUCAGGACUCUGGGAUUCAGAUCUAGCUGAGGCCCUGGAGGGUGUUUCAUCUGAGCUAGCUGCUUCAACACUUUCUGAGUACAGUACCUCUCAGAUAUACUGGAAUAAUUCUUUGAUGCUGGAUCUGAAGGAGUACCUGGACUAAAACAUUAUAUGGCCCCUAAUUUCUUUUUCAAGUUGUCUAAGAUUAAUGAGAACACUCCUCAAGAAAGCUGCCACAGCAGACAAGUGAAACCAAACGGGAAGGAUUGCUUUUUUGUAAUACAUUUUUCCAGGAUAUUUGAUAUUCGCUCUGGGUGAAACUUUUUUGGCAUAGCAAUUAUAUGAGAUGGCAGUAAGGUCUUCAGCACACUUGGUAAUCCAUCUUCGAACUGCAGCCUCAAUAGCAAUGCCGAUAUUCUGGAGCGCAAUCCCUGAACAAUCUGUCUGAUUUCCAAUUUAAAUUGGUAAAUGCUUACUUGACGGAUGACAUGCUAACUGGAACGACGUCAAUACUGUGUAAGGGAACUAUUCUAAAUGGAUAGUAUGCAAGAGAUACUCUGCUAAGUAAAGCCAGAGCUGGAAUGCUAACUACCAACCUUGUUCAUUGCAUCACGCAUGGAAUCGCCAAAAGGUCCAAUCGAGCUUGGAAGUUGGUUUCUAAAGCAGUCAGAAAGCUGUGAACAGAAGCUACUGUGCUUCUGCCUAACUACCUGUCUCGGGCGUGUGGAAGAACAUUAUGAGCACAAGCUAUCGGAAGAAGCCUAAAAUGACGAGGUUUGGCAGGAAUUGAUGCCUCGCAAUUGUAUGCUACAUAACGAAUGCAAUAUUAAAGUCGCCUUUCGAUGUCAAGAACAUGUUCAGACAAUCGCAUGGCAAAAGUAUGAUUUAACCGUGCCGUUGCA